GAUAUCACACAUGACAACGUGUAAACAACAAGCUGUUUGUUCGAAGCAGAAAUGUCUAUUUUUAUUGAAUUAGUUUGCAGUGGAAAUACGGAUAGAAUAAGAGAAUAUUUUGAAGAGUCAGUGGAUCAAGUGGCAAGUCUUGAAAUAUUUUUAAAUAAGCGAGAUGAAAGAGGGAAGACACCGUUAGAUUAUGCUGCAAUGUUGGGCAGAGAGGAGACUUUGAAAUAUUUGAUAGAGAAUGGAGCGAAUCCUAAUUCCCACUCAACAAGAGGUUAUACAGCAUUACAUCAUGCUGCGUCAUGGGGCCACCUCAACUGUGUUAAGAUUCUUGCAAAUUGUGGAACUGAUCUAUUGAUGAGGAAUGCUAAUGGUGAGUUUGCACGUGAUGUGGCUGCAAGAUAUGAAAAGAAGGACUGUGUAGAAUUUUUGAAACGGGCUGAGGCAAUUGCAUCUUUGCGAAAGGCAAUAAAAAAUAUUAAAGGCUUAUUGACUGAUCCUGAGAAGAAUCUUGGACGUUUAAAUAAAGAAGAUAAAGUGACAGGCAACAAAUUUUGUGAUGAAAAGAAUAUAUGGCUAAUGACACACAAAGAUACUGCUUCUGUGGAACUCAUAUUGAGGAAAAAAGAUGAACUAUAUGAAUCAUUAAGGAAAGUAUUCAUAAAGCUUCAAUAUUUAGAUGAAUUUACGUAAAAUAUGCAUUGUCAUAAGUAAGAUCAAUGAGUGUAGUAUAUAAUUCGAAAUCGCGCAUAAGACCGAAAUUUAACAUAAAUGGCGUGCAUGUUAAUAUGUUAAUAGUAUAUCAAAAUAUAGAGAUCAGUUGAUGA